CGACUUUCCGCCAGUCUUACCGCUUUGAACUGCUUCAUCUCUGUUCAUUAUGUCCGAGGGCCAGUUCUACAAGGAACCAGAGUUUGAUACUCUCCAGCUCCAUGCGGGUCAGGUGCCCGAUCCCACCACCAACGCCCGCGCUGUACCUAUCUAUGCAACCACUUCCUUUGUCUUCAACGACUCUGCACAUGGAGCCGAUUUGUUUGGUCUGCGCGCCUUUGGCAACAUUUACUCGCGCAUUGGCAACCCAACUGUUGAUGUCUUCGAGAAGCGUAUUGCGGCUCUAGAGGGAGGUGCUGCUGCUGUUGCAGCCAGCUCUGGCCAGUCGGCUCAAUUCAUGGCCAUUGCGACCAUAGCGCAGGCUGGGGAUAACAUUGUGUCUACUUCGUAUCUCUAUGGUGGGACCUACAAUCAGCUCAAAGUGCUGAUGAAGAAGUUCGGGAUCGCAGUGAAAUUCGUUGAAGGGGACUCGCCAGAAGGGUUCAAGGCAGCCAUCGAUCAGAACACAAAGGCGUUAUAUGUGGAAAGCAUUGGGAAUCCCAAGUAUAAUGUCGCGGAUCUUCCAGCAAUUGCGUUGAUCGCGCAUGAGGCUGGCAUCCCUCUCAUUGUGGAUAACACGUUUGGUGCAGGAGGUUACAUCGUACGUCCUAUUGAGCAUGGAGCCGAUAUUGUCGUUCACUCCGCUACGAAAUGGAUUGGUGGCCAUGGGACGACUAUCGGAGGUGUCGUCAUCGAUUCCGGCAAGUUCGAUUGGACCAAGUCUGGCAAAUUCCCCGGAUUCACCGAGCCUUCGGAAGGCUACCAUGGGCUGAAAUUCAGCGAAACAUUCGGGCCCAUCGCAUUUGCGAUCAAGUGCCGUGUGGAGAUCCUUCGUGACCUAGGCUCCUGCCUCAACCCAUUCGCCGCCUUCCUUCUCCUUCAAGGACUUGAGACCCUCUCCCUCCGUGUGCAAAGGCACUGCGAUAACGCCCUCCUCCUGGCGCAGUGGCUCGAGCAUCAUCCCAAGGUCGCGUGGGUGUCCUAUCCUGGUCUAGAGAGUCACCCGAGCCAUGCAGUAGCAAGGCGCCUGCUCCGCCCUAAUACUUAUGGCGGUGUGCUCUCGUUUGGUGUGCGUGGGGAUGCGAAGGUCGGCAGUUUAGUGGUGGACAAGCUCAAGCUGGCAAGCAAUCUCGCAAAUGUGGGAGACGCGAAGACGCUUGUCAUCCACCCUGCCACGACGACACAUCAGCAGCUCACGACAGACGAGCAGUUCGCGAGCGGUGUUACACCUGAUCUGAUUCGAGUCUCUGUCGGGAUCGAAGCCAUCAGCGAUAUCAUUGCUGACUUCGCGAACGCGUUCGCUAUCGCUAUCCCCGAGGAAAACGCUGCGUGAAUCCGGAAUCAGGACUUCUAAAGGCAGUACUUUGUGUUUAUUAGGUAAUUCUAUGAAGCAACAAUGAGAUGAAAUACC